GCAUAAAUGGGUGUUUCGUUUGAUUCAAUUUAAAGCAUACAUUCAUUCAACUCAUAGAAAGCAUAGCUUUUGUGUCAAAACAUUGCAUUUGUUUUUCAAUUAAACCACUGUUUGUCCCAAAACUUGUGACAAACUUUUGUGAUAAACAAAUAAAUCAUUUGAAAAGACACUGAAUUAGGUGUCAUAUAAACCAUUCAUUUGUUGAUUUAAAAGAUAAUAUUGUGGUUAGAAUUAUUCAAAAGAAUUAAAAAAUGCUUCAAAAUCGUAACACCUUUGCUACUCUUCCUCGAACUCAAAGAGGUUUGCCUCUUGUGUUGGGCGGUGACCCCAAAGGCAAGAACUUUCUCUAUCCUAAUGGUAACAGUAUUAUCAUCCGAGACAUUGACAACCCGUCCAUCGCCGACAUCUAUACGGAACACUCAACGUUAACAACUGUUGCCAAAUAUAGUCCGUCCGGAUUUUACAUUUGUUCGGCCGACCAGUCGGGCAAAGUCCGCAUUUGGGACACGACUCAGAAGGAACACAUCCUGAAGAAUGAAUUCCAACCGUUUGUCGGUAACAUUAAAGACCUCGCGUGGUCUCCGGAUAGUCAACGUAUUGUUGCUGUCGGUGAGGGACGCGAGCGCUUUGGUCACGUAUUUAUGAUGGAAACGGGUACCUCUGUCGGCGAAAUUGCCGGUCACUCAAAAAUUAUAAAUUCAUGUGAUUUUCGUCCCGGUCGUCCUUUCCGUAUAAUAACUGGUAGUGAAGACAACUUUGUUGGCAUUUAUGAAGGCCCACCAUUUAAAUUUAAGACUCAACUUGAAGAUCACCAACGAUUUGUUCAAUCAGUACGAUUUGCACCCAAUGGCGAUCUAUUUGCCAGCGCCGGCUUUGAUGGCAAAUUAUUUUUAUAUAAAACUAAUGAUUACAGUAAAGUCGGUGAAUUUGGAAGUCCCGCACAUUCCGGUGGUAUAUAUGCCAUUCACUGGUCACCGGAUGGUUCACAGCUGUUGACUGCUUCUGGAGAUAAGACAUGCAAACUGUGGGACACAAAUACACUUCAAGUCGUUACUGAAUUCCAAAUGGGAACCGAUAUCUUGGAUCAACAAGUGAGCUGUUUGUGGCAAAACCAAUACAUGUUAUCCGUUUCAUUGUCGGGUUUCAUCAAUUAUUUGGAUGUCAAUAACCCGAAUAAACCUUUACGUAUAGUUAAAGGUCAUAAUAAAACUAUCACUGCCUUAACAGUCAAUAAGAACUCAAACGAGAAAUAUAUUUAUACGGGAAGUACUGAUGGAUAUAUCACUUAUUGGAAUCCACAAAAUGGAGACCACAAUCGUAUUGAAGGCAAAGGUCACACCAAUCAAGUGGCAGAUCUGGCCUUAACUAAGAAUACCGUAUUUAGUGUUGGUUAUGACGAUAGGAUUCGUACGAUAGACACCAAUGAGAAUAAAUUCUCAAACGAAAUCAAAUUAGAUUCACAACCACAUGGAGUGGCAGUUCUCGAAGAUCAGGAGUUAGUAAUAGUGGCCGGUUAUGACACCAUCAGUAUAUAUACUAAUGUUAGCAAUUAUGGCAAACAAUCAUCGAUUCCAGUUUCCUAUGAGCCCUCAUCUGUAAGUGUUAAUCAAAGUAAUAAAGAAGUGGCGGUCGGCGGAGUUAAGGAUCAUAAAAUACAUAUCUAUAUACUCGGCGGCACUAAUUUGACUGAAAAAACAGUUUUAGAUCAAAGAGCGCCCAUUACUGAUGUCAUCUACUCUCCGGAUGGCAAAUAUCUGGCCGCUUCUGACCAGAAUAGGAAAAUAGUUCUCUAUUUGUCUGACUCUUAUGAGUUAGCACAUGAACUUGAGUGGGGUUACCAUACGGCUCGAGUCAAUUGUCUGUCCUGGUCUCCCAAUUCUAUACAUUUGGCUUCGGGUUCAUUGGACACCGGUAUCAUCAUAUGGAACGCAUCCCAACCUAAUAAACACUUUACUCUCAAAAAAGCUCAUCCUCAAAGUCAAGUAACACGUAUUGAAUGGUUAGACGAGUCAACAAUAGUGUCGACCGGACACGACGGCACUGUUAAAGUUUGGACUGUUAUAUUUGGCUAAUUAAUGACUAAAUUAUGGUUAUGUAAUACCAAAGAUAUGGUUAAACGAUUUUCUUUAAUGUUUUUAACAAAAUCGUGUUAAUAAGCCAUAAAAAUUAUAGUUUUUGAGUUAAACCUCUGUAUACUGUACUAACAAUUUUAAAUUAAUGUCCAUUUUUGGCUUUAAGUGCCUUUAAAUGAAUCAUAAGUUUAAUGAGUGAUCCGCUUCUCAAGUGUUGAAA